AUGAUUAGCAUAUGGGGCUCAUGGCUCGCUUUUGACGCUGGUACCACUCUGGCCUUCAACUUCAAGUCAGUGAUGGCCUUGUGUGUCACGAACCUCUGUGCUGCCAGUGGGGCGCUCACGUGGAUGCUCUACACCUAUGUAGAGGUUGGGCGCUGGAGUCUAGACUCAUGCUUCAUGGGCGCCAUCUCUGGACUCAUUAUGAUCACACCCUCGGCGGGUUUCAUCGAUCUACCAACAGCCUUCUUCUUCGGAGUGCUUGGUGCACUGUUUUGUCGUCAAGCGCUUCGCAUCAAGUUCAGCGACUUCGCUCGGCGCUGGAGAUGGGUUGAUCAUGGAGACACCUUUGCGACACAUUGCCUUGGUGGCAUCUUAGCAACGAUCUCGACAGGGUGUUUUGCUCGGAAAGAAGUCGCAGGGUAUGAUGGAGUCACGGAAAUUGUCGGUGGAGUAUUCUUCGAUGGGAACGUACGGCAGCUCGGUAUCCAGGUUGUGGAGGCUCUCGUCGGGUUUUUAUGGUCUUUCAUCGGAAGCUAUGUUAUGUACGCGCUUAUUGACUGUGUACCGGGCUUCGAAGUACUGGCCGAAGACAAGGACAUCAUAGCAGGCCUGGAUGCAAGUCAGAUGGACGAAGAAACGUUGUGGACCGAAACACAGAAGUAUUAUCCCUAUGCCGAGCGCGAAGGCGAGCUGCAUCUCGAAUGA